CUCGACCCACUUUCACAUUUCACUAACAUUUCGCAACGGUGUCACUUUGGAACAGUUUGGAAUCAGCUGAUAGCAGUGUCCAGUGAUGUGUGCGCAUGUAUGCGUCGUUCGGUGUUAGCUUAACGUUUUGCUUCUCAACGAAAUGCGUGCUUUCGUCGUUCGUAUUCGCGAAUUACGCAUCAAAAACAAUUUGAAACGCACCCGGGAGUAAGUUGAGUUAUAAUUACAGCAUCCAGUUGACUAUACAUCAUGGAUAAUGUACGAUCGCCGAUGGAUAACCUCUUAAACAUGCUGUCGGGCUUCAGUGCGGGCCACGAGAAGGCCUUGAAACAGGGAAUUUACAAUGCCGUCGCACUCUUCUUUCUGUGUCUCGUCUCCGCGGCUGGCUACGGCCUCUACAUCGUAUUGAGCCCCUUCGUCAAGCCUUUGAUCUGGGCUUUGCUAUGCGGCUCAGUCUUGUUUCCGUUCAAGUACUCGCUGGCCACGACGGUGCAGUCCUGGUUCACCAGGACCGAGGCGUCGCACACCCCGCUGAUCGUCAACGUCGGCUUGUUGCCAAUUCAUAUAUUCGACAAUGUCUCCGAGAAUCUGGGCUCCUUUCUCUGGACGCAGAUCAAAUACGUUGUUGGAACGAUAUCACUGGCAUUGGUAACCACCGGCGUGUAUCAUUACACCCCUAACGUGAUGACGUGCCUCGCUUGGAGGAUGUUGCAAGUGUUCACCACCGUCUCGGGAUUCUUCAUCCUCACGUGUAAUAUUUAUACGGUUUUUACAAUAAUCAUUGGAUACUUGAUGAUCUUGUAUGUUCACUGGACUCCAUCGAACUCUGUUCGUUUUCGGUACACGUCUUUUGUAAUAUGGUUUAUCAUUACCAUGUACCUGUCGAAUAUAGCGGGCGCUUAUCGAGUUUUUGUGUUUACUGGUCUGCAAAUCCUGUGCGUGGCUGGCUUCAUAUACGAAGUAAUAUUGAUCAUGGAAAGUCAAGAGCUGAAUGGUAGACAUUUGACGUUCUCGGAGGCCGCGUGUUUCGCCUUAACGAAUAAUUUAUUACUCAGUCCGCAGGAAGAUAAAUUGGCUCCGUUAGAGAGCGAUAAUAAGCGAAUUUCGGAAGAAGAGAGCGCGGACGUAUCGGUCUGUGCAGAAGAAGCGAAGAAAUCAGCGUCCAACGAAAGUGCGACGAGAAUCGAAAAAAAUCCGAGAUUCCGAGAUUCAGGUUUGAAAUCUAUGUCUCUGGAUACAGACAUGGCCACGCACAAAUUGUACAGAUGUAACGUACGUUCUGCGACACGUGCCACAUUACGCGAACGUUAUCUGCUGAGCAAAAUAAAGGCUGAGAUAGGAAUGUCUCUAGAUGAGCCGGACGAUCAAGUCGACACUGACAAAUACAUGUACGGCGCGCUGUACGCGUGCAUCGGUAUGCUUCUUUGGAAGCACUGGUGGAUCAUGCACAUUCUGGUGAUUCCGCUGGCGUAUUAUAUCGUCAAGCAGCUGGGCACUUACUUCGGCUUUUGGAAAACGAUACGCAAACAUUGCGACUCGGUGAUACAAGCGGUGAAAUCGUGGUGUCUGGAGCGACACCAAGCGCUCGUACCUUCCAACGUCAGGGGUCUUUACAAAAUAAGCAUUAUCGUGGAUGAGAAACUGAGGGACGUCCUGAAGGGGUCCGUUGACGCGGUAGCGACUACGGCUGUGAUACUCGGACUGAUCGUUUUCACCACUUGCGCAUCUAUCUUCAUAACGAUUCAGAUUUACGCGGAAGGUUUGCAUCUCGUUCAAGUGACGGGCGAGAUAUUGAAUUCUUCCUUGAUGAACAAUCCCGACAUUGACUGGGUCCCGGAGAAAUGGGAGGAGUCCGUCAACAGUGUUUUGGACAAUGCUUACACGUACGGACGAAGCGCUAUAUCAGAUGGAAUCCGAGGUCUUGUGAAAGAUUUAGAACCGGCGAAAGCGGAGCAGAUGGAGAUAAAAGUUCUAGAACUCUGGGAUCGCCUCUACCAAGCGUGGAUGAUGUCGAACACGGAAAACCUCGUGGGACCCACUGUCGACAUUAUGUCCGCGUAUUCCGCCUGGGAAAGCCUCAAGGAAAGCCUCGGGACACCUUUCCUUUUGUUCAAUAUGGCAAGCAUACAGAAUUUUGCUAAGGAAAAUAUUGGUAUCUUGAUGUCGGUGCUCGACUCCGUCUGGGGUAUCGUCAAGGGCAAUAUGUCUGUGAUAUUAACCAUUUUCACAGAAUUAUUUUAUAUUGUACUCAUGAGCGGAUCGGCAGUACUUAACUUUGUACUCAGCACGGUUGUGUUCUUUACAACUUUGUUUUACUUGCUCAGUUCCAGCGGUAAGACUUACAAACCCAUUGAACUAACAACCAUGUUUAGUCCCAUCAGUUGUCACAGCACGCAGCAUGUGGAAGGGCUCGCCAUAGCGUUGCAAGAAGCGGUAAUCGGGGUGUUCGCAGCCACCUUCAAGCUCGCCUCCUUCUUCGGCAUGUGGACAUGGUUCAUACACAACUUGUUCCAAGUGAAGAUUGUUUAUUUACCAUCAGUUUUCGCUACCAUGUUGGGCGCGGUCCCUUUUUUAGACGCAUAUUUUGCCUGCAUCCCGGCCACUAUAGAACUCUGGUUUACCCGUGGAUCGAUGAUCGCCAUUCCCUUUUUCCUCUUUCACUUUCUUCCGUGUAACAUAGUAGUGACAGAAUUCUAUAAGGAAAUCAAAGGAGGCGGACAUCCUUAUUUAACAGGUCUGUCGAUAGCCGGCGGCAUCUUCUGUUUGGGCGUAGAAGGAGCAAUUUUUGGACCGCUAUUGCUGUGUUGCAUUAUGGUCGCCAUCAAUUUAAGUCGACGUUACCUGCACUCGCCCGACGACGAAGUCAUAAUUCCGCCAUAUUCAACGCCGUGAGCCAAAAUCGUAUUACGCUUUGUCUAACAGAAACUAAUAUAUUUGCUUAAUGAUAUUGUGAGCUACGGGCUUGGCUCCAGUCUUAGAUUUCAAAGUUUGAUAUCAAUUUUGUGAAAGUUAACGCUGUACGAUGGCUGGACUAAACGUGCAGCACAUAUACACGGGCGUCCUUUACAUAUUUUUAUGUGAUAACAGAACUAACAGAGAAAUCUCAGCUUACGCUUAUUAGACUUAAGAAUAUUCAUAUUGAAUACACAAUUAAAAUAGAUUAUUAUUCUAUUUAUACGUAUUGCUAAAUAUACAAUUUUUUUGCACAAAUUUGGUUUUGAACGACAAUAGAUUCAGUCUUCCGCGAUUGCAAUCUUUGUGUCAGAAAUUUGAUAUGUAAAUAUAUCAAAUUAAAAAUCUAACAAUCUCUAUAUGAUGCUAUUACGACACUUUUCAAGAGUUAUAUAUAUACAUAUAUGUGUUUCGUUUCUAAUGUUUUUAUUACUUAUGUCAGUUUAUAAACAAAAACAUGUUGAUGUGGUGCUGACUUCAAGAUACCAUGAUUAUAUGCAUAUUUUUUCACAUCAAACGUGUAACCAAAGAUAUAGUAAUAAAUUUUCUUAACAUUUGGCA